AUCUUGAAAACUCAUACAGAUCAAGUGUUCAACUAUAAAAAACAUUUAUAUUUUUGUGUGAUAUUUCAAACUUAAACAUUCAUCUUAAAAUGGCUUCAACACAGAUUGUAAAAAUGAUCGUUUUAAUUUUGUCUACAAUCAUUAUCCAAAUUAACGCCUUACCACUUCAAAGUUACAACAGUUUACCAAUCGUUCCAUACAGAGGACGAGUAAUGGCUGACAACCGUGAUAGUGUAAUUAGUACUCAACCAAAAUAUUUCUUUUAUCCGCGUAUAACCGAUUCCGAUAAACCAAGAACGGAUGCUGCAGAAAAACCAAUGGAAAUUGCAGCAAAACCAGUGGAAAAAGUUGUACAACAAGAUAAAGAUUUACUUUUGGUACCAUCAAUAAAAAAGAAUACAAUUGUUAAUGCUCCAUUGGAAGCUGACGUUGAGGAUGUGGAUCUUGUGAAGAAUUUAGUAAGCGCGGAACAAGUAAAUCACAAUGGAGAUGUAUUGGAUGUUGCCGAAAAUAAUAUUGUAUUUCGUCCAUUAUUCCAUUAUCGACAACAAUCGGCGCAACGUUCCAGACUAUCAAGAAAUCAAGAUUAUAAUUAGAUUUGUAUUUUUUUUUAUUUCUUUAUGAGAUCAAAAGUCUGAUAAAUCAUUGUUAUGAUUUUUGUACAAACUAAUUAUUAUUUUUUCAUUUUAUUUGUUACUUUUACUAUUUAUUUAUUUAAUUUUAUCUUUGUACUUAAAACAAUUAAUUAUUAAUAAAUUAUUUUACUGAAUUUUUUUAAA